AUGUUCGGCAUGGGAACUCCAUAUCGCCAUCCGGCAAAUAAUGCCAGCAGAAUGAGCACCGACUUCACUAUGAAGGCUCCGAAGCCCCCAGAUCGUCCUUUAGUUCCAUAUAUGAGAUACAGUCGCAAAAUGUGGCAAAAAGUGAGAGCGGAAAACCCCGAAGCGCAAUUAUGGGACAUAGGUAAAAUUAUUGGUCAGUUAUGGAGAGAUGCUUCUGAUACGGAGAAACAGGUUUAUCAACAGGAGUUUGAAAUGGAAAAGGCUGAAUACGAGAAGGCAAUGAAAAGUUACCACAGCUCUCAAGCUUAUCAGCAUUAUGUGAACGCCAAGAAUCGUGCUAAGACUAAUGAGAAAGUGUCAAGAGGACGAGCAGACAUGGGUGGUGUAGUUAUUCAACCUGUCGAUGAAGAAGAUGUCGCCAAUGAUUUGACAAGUAGGAGAUUAGCCGCAGUAAGAUUUGAUCGUAACCAUAGAUUGAUCAGCGAAGUCUUCUCCCCCGUUAUUGUCAAUGAUGCACGUACUAUCGUGGCUCAGACACGAAUUGAUAUGCUUCGCAAUCAGGCAAAGUCCUUAUCUAAUCAUCAAGGAAAAUUGGAAGAAGAGCUUGCAAAAUUGGAAGCAGAUUAUAACGAUAGAAAACGAAUCAUCUCAAAGAAUAGUGAAGAUUUUGUUGAGAAUCUGAAAAAGGUCUGUGAAGAGAAGCCGAAGCUGGAUGAGGAUAAGUUCAAUGAGCUCAUCAAUGAUUGGACUGGAAAACUUCUUGAAGCUUACGAAGAUUACAAGAAGAAGCAAGAGGAAAUCAGUGCCAAACAAGCAGCUGAACGUGAGAAAAUGGAAAAAGAAACUCCUGUCCUCGCUGGACUUGUCAUGAGGGAUGAUGAAGAGGAGAAGUCAGACGACAAAUCCGAGAAAUCGGAGAAAUCUGAAAACCCUGAAAAAUCUGCUGCUAAGGAAGACGAACCCAUGGAGCAAGACAACUCUACAGAUUCCCCAGCUAAGAGCAGCCCCGAAGAGGAUCAAAAAGUAUCAUCCAGUACAGAUGAAGCCAAAAAAGAGGAAGCAGAAGAAUCGAAACAGAAGGCCACCCCAGAAUCAACUGAAAAAUCUUCCGAGAAGAGUAAUUCAGAGGCUCCUGCUGAAGAUAACACAAUGGAAGUUGAUACUCCACCUACAGAAGCCCCCGACUCAUCUGAAGCUCAGAAAGAGGCUGACGCUUCUGCCGAACCUUCGAACUCAUCUCCAGAGCCAACCGCCUCUGUUGAAACUACAGAAUCAAAAGUAACUAAUGAAACUAACGAAACUAAGCCCGUUGAAGAUGUAGAAAAAACAAAGGAAACGAAGGAGGUUUCUGAGACUAAAUCACCUGAGGAGUCUGCUGCACCAGCAGUCGCGGAGGAAUCUUCUGAACCAGCAGUCGUGGAGGAAAAAGCUAAACCUGAUUCCGAAGCAAAAACUGAGGACACUAAGAAUGAGAGCCCUGAGAGCACUGAUGAUGCCAAGAACAAAUCCACAGAAGCGUCACCUAAAACUGUAAGUACGGAGGAAAAACAGAGUGAAAAGGAAGCUGUUGUGGAAGAAAAGACUGAAGAAAAGGUUACUGAAGAAAAGGUUUCCGAAGAACAGCCUCCAGCAGAGAAAUCUCCAGAAGAAAAAGCAUCGGUGGAAACUCCUUCAAAAGACAGUCCCGUCGAGGAAGCUGCUGUUGAAGAAAAGAAAGAGGAAGAACAAAAGGCGCCCGUAGAAGAAGUAGCGGAGAAGAAAGAGAACUCCAAAGUAGAAGAACAAGAGGAAGAAGGUGAAGCAAAAGAGAAGGAAGAAGAAGCUAAGGAGAGCAGCUCACCGAAGGAAUCCGUAGAGGAGAAGUCUUAA